UUAUCGAAAUUUUUGUUUUUCUGAAAAAGUGAUGAGUAUAAUUUGUUCAACACUAUAUUCUUCAAAUAUAACACCAGAAAAAAUAUUUGAAAGAAUAAAAGAUGCAGCACAGAAAAUAUCAACCAAUAAUUAUCAGACUCCAAUAAGCUUUUUACAAUUGGGGGAUUUGAAAAUAAAGAAAUGCUUAGUUGAUAAGCAUUAUUUAGCAUUUCUUACUGAGGAUGGAUACAUUUGUCGAAUUGAAUAUAAUAUCAAAGCUGAAAAAAUAGAAAACACCCCCCAACCUACCAAAAAACUUCCAAAAGAAUUUAAUGAUAACAAAAAUACUAACUUAGGUGGUUCUAAAACAUCAGCAUUAUCAUCAUAUUCUAGUAUUUUUUUAAACCAAAAUUCAACCACUGCACUAACAAAAUCAAGAAUUCGUAGAACUAUACCUACUACUUUUAGAAAUCGAUCUGGAAAUUUUUUACUAACACAUCGUACCUUAAUACCUGCUUCAAGUGUACCAGAAGAGUUUAUAACUCAAGCACAAGCUGUGCUUCAAGGAAAAUCUAGGGCUGUAAUUGUUAGAGAAUUGCAAAGAACAAAUCUAGACAUAAACAUGGCUGUUAACAAUCUCCUAAGUCGGGAGGAAGAGGAGGAGGAAGAAGAAGAGGAAGAUGAAGGAGAGGGAGAAGAAGAUGAUCCAGAUGGUGGUGAUGAUCUGACAACUGCUGAUGAUAGUUAUGACCAAGAUGCUCCCCGGGCAGAUGAUGUUAUUCGAUAUGAUGUUGAUAAUAAUUACAUCAUGGAUGGGGAUUAUGACAAUCAUCACACUCGUCGUUCCUACUUUCCAUUUGCCCGUCGUUCCAACCCACCUAGCGCUUCUAGAAAUGGUACCACACACGCCCCAGUCACUUUAACCCCCAACCCGACAGCUACCCCAGUGUCAGACGAUCUCGUAGCACUUCUUGAUGGAGUUGGAAGCUCAGCCUUAGCCAGGCUGACCUCAUUCAAUCUAGAUCAAAAUAAUCACAGGAGCACAGGCUUGGACACAGACGCGAAUAUUUCAGGAAAUAAUAAUCAAGCCAACGGGAAGAUCGCUAUCAAGAAAAGAAAACGCGAAGAGAUCGUUAAUAACUUGGACGAUAACGCUGAUGAUGUUGGCGAGGGAAAUAUUAAUGCCAGAAUCCGUGAUAACUUUAAUGGUGUUGAUACGACUGUUAAUGCUAGUGGGAUCGCUACUGGAACAGGAUCAAGUGGUACAACCACUUCUGGCCGAUCUUCAAAUUGGUUAUAUUAUACUAGGCAGCUACCCUCUACUGGGGACAGAGAUGAACGACGUACAUCGGUGAGCACUAUAACCAAAGAGAGGAACAAAUUCAACGACAGCACCUUUAAAAUCAACCUGGAUGAUAUGAAUUACAAGAUAUCCUCAGCUAGGAAUAAGAAUCACAAUGCCGUCUCGGCUAACUCUAGCCAUGGUAAUACUACCAAGACUGUUAACAAUAAUUCUGCCAUAAGCGAUACCAAUUAUUCUUUGUCCAUUUCUGGCAACCUUAAUUAUUGGAUGGAUAAUGAAAAUACUCUGAUAAAGUUUUCUGAUAUGUCAGCCACAGAAUCGGAACUUUUGGGCGUUAGUGUAGACUGUAAACUACACCAGUGGCUUUGGGAUGCCAAAUCGCCAUUUUACCUGCAACUCGAAGAUAAAACGCAAAUUUUCCACCCAAGAACUGUUGAACUCGGUCUACUUAAUCAAAAUAUAAUAAUGAUUUCUUCCAGUAAAAUCAGGGUAUCUAUCAUUAUUGAAACGGAUAAGAUUGCCACUUGGUUUGAUCCUACUAUAGCAUCCGUGGCUAAAAAGUUUGAACACCCAGCCACUUUUUUCCCCGAACUGAAAAAUGAAGUCAUAAAAUCCAUGGACGUUUGUGAUUAUUAUACGAUGGUACUCACAGAUUCUGGCAAAUUGUUUUGGUGGGGAUUCAUGCCACCCAAACUGAGGACCAAACUUUCCGAAAAACCUUCAUUUUCUCAUUCUUCCUCCCUCCCUACUCCUCUGCUAUCUAACCCUGCUCCCCCGUUUCCCGCUACAUUUACACCGACAGCGCCUACGAUAAUGCCUCAUGCUCUCAACAGCGCCUCCUCUUCCCAUCACACGGCAAGCCAUAUAUCAGCUGGCUCACUCGUCACCUUCAAAGCUCGCCCGACUCUCCCAGCCGGUGCCCUAGUAUUGUCCUGUGACUCGCCUAGUGGUAAACCCGCUCUAGCUAUACUUCAGCAAAAUGUGCAAAAUAACUUCACGCAGAAUUCUCAAAAUACAAAUAAUUAUAAUUACAAAGGGAGGAAUACUUCUGCGGAGAUAGGCGAAGGCCAAGAGGAUGACAAAAAGAAUCUCGAGGAGAAAAGAGACCGAGAUGUAGGCGAAAAAUGGGUUAGACAGGCCCUAGUUAAAGUGGUGACUGUUGAUGAAUACAUGGAGCUGCAAGCUAAAAGACUACUCGCAAAUACAAACUCAAAUUUCGAUGAGGAGGUACAUAGUACGCCUACCGAUAAUGUAAUCGACGCUUCAAUGCCAAUCAAAAGGAAAAAAUAUUCUGAAAGGUCAACUUUAGAUAACUACCAAUUAGUCGAAAAUUCAAAAAGAAAUUCAGGUAAGUUAGAACUCUGGAACGUUGACGAAAUGAUUGUUUUGGAAGACAAUUAUGAGUCCGUCGUUGGGAAAGUUAUAAAGGUGGACGAGGCCUACGCUAUAGUACAGAAUCUAGGCUAUAAAUCUAGCGAUUUCCAUGACGAUCUCUCAUCCAUUUUGAGGAAUUGUAAAGUCUUGAAGAAAGAUGACUUAAUACCAAUAUCGUCAAAUUCGCACCAUAAUCAUAUGAAGAGAUCGGACUGCUUUAUUAAAAAUCCUCGAAGAUUCAAUUUGCCUAACAAUUAUGAUAUUGUAUCCUUUUCGAUUGACCCUAUCAAAAUUCAAGCUUUGGCGAAGCACAAUAUAACGGGGAAAUUGCAUUUUCUUAAGGGGCACUUUGGCUGUUCAAAUAAAUUGGAUGUUGAGAAAGAAACACCUUUCUUAGCCUCGAAGUUUUGCGGGGAUAAAUUGUCAGCUCAAAUUUACACCACUAAAACUGACAAAUGUAAUCUCACGCUAAUCCGAGACGGUAACUCAGCCCUCUGCCCCUUUUCUAUAAGCGGCAACGAUUUUACGCAGGAAUGCCAACCCAUGAACUCUUUGCCCCUCCAAUGCCUACAUUUGGUUAGAGUACCAUUGCCUAAUCUAAUAACCACAAAUACUUAUAACAGUUCUGUGUCUAAUACUAGCAUAGGCAAUAGUUGCAUGACCUCUUCCAGUUCUAGCAGUACCUCUAUUCCUAUCUCAUCCUCUAGUUCAGCCUCUUCUAAUUUGAACAGUGAGAUAAAUAACAAUACUAAUAACUAUAAAUCAUCGUCGUCAAACACGAAUCACCAAGCCUUGAUAAUUCUAAUGUGUUUUGAGCCAUCACAACUCCUUUUACCACUUCUGAGAUGCGAUUAUACCGGGGUUUUAGGUGCCAUAAACGCAUUAGAUGAUAACACCUUGGAGAUGGGACUUAAACCUAUCAUAAACCUCCAGAAUAAAGCUAAUAUCAGUGACGAAGAUGUCGAACAGGGCAUACUUAGCGUGAUAGAAUCGACAAAAUCAACUAGAAUUCAAAUAAUUCCGGACAACGAAUAUUCUGAUUGUAAUUCCAAUCCUUUACAUCUCCUGGCCGACUUGUGUAAACCGACGACCGCCAAAGAUGAAAGUGUAUUCAAAGGUGAAACCACUUCGCGCAUUUCCAAUAGAUUAUCGAAUUCUCUCGAAAGAUUGACGCGCAUGGGGGAUGCCAUGGAUUCUAUACUUAACGCCAUGUCCAGUUGCUCUUCCCUUGCUACGACCUCCAGCAAUUCUCUCAUCUCUAGAAAAAACAUCCGAGACCUUAUGAGAAAAGCUACCAAUUUAGCUAAACAAUUGCGGGACAAUAAUACAGCUCUUACUAAUUCUGUUACCACCACCACUAAUUCAACUUCUCUACUUUCAAAUGCCAUCACAAAUACAAAUAUCAACACCCCUAGCUCUAUCCCUAACGUAAACACAUUCGUUACCGGGCAGGAUAUAGGCCCAUUAGAGAGGGACGAAUUCUUAGAAAUGCCUAUUUUAACAUGGCCCGCUACUUCUGAUACAACGUCUGCCAGCAAUAACGUCGUGAUAUCGAAGCCUCCCAUAACUUAUAACAACACCAAGGAAGGGACAGAAAAAAUUGACAAGAUUGAGCAAGAGAAAUUAGAUGCCGAUUUUAUAAACAGAUUUAUAGCGAAAAACCCUGUAUCUGUUCAUCUGACUCCACAAGUUAGGGAAAUAGAGGCCACUCGAAUAUUAGAAUAUAUGUGCGACAAAUGCAAGGCAUUGGAUGAUCGCUUAUACAUACUUAUGUCCCAAACCGACCUACUUGGCUAUACUCCUUUUAUGCGUGCCGUCAAGAACCGCGCUUACUAUGCCGCCAUGAUUAUGUUCGAUUGUGCUAAAAGGUUGGCAUUAGAUAACAUUAAAUUUCCCUGUUACGAGAAACAGAGAGAUGCUUUAGAAUCUAUGAUAUUUCCCCCGGGAUCGGAGCCAGGGAAGAACCCGUUUCACACGCUUUGCUCUAAUGAUACCUGUAGUUUUACCUGGACGGGCAAGCAGCAUAUCAAUCAAGACAUUUUUGAAUGCAAAACAUGUGGUCUGGUGGGUUCCUUGUGUUGUUGCACCGAAUGCGCGAGCGUGUGUCACCAAGGACACGUGGUAGCCUUUAAGCGGUCUUCUCCCACAGCCUACUGUGAUUGUUGGGAAAAAUGCCCUUGCAAAGCCUUGCUCCCGGGAUCCCAGUUCUAUCGAUGGGAACUUCUCAAUAAAAUGUUGAGCGUCGUUACCAAAGAAACCGGGAUAGCUAAUGAAAAAGAGGGGAAAAGUAAAAAGAUCGAUUCAAAUAUUGUGAAAGAUGAAAAGAUGGAAAUCCAAGGAGACGAUGAAUAUUGCGGAAAAACGAAUAUCGCGAAAGAUGAAGAGACGGGAAUCAAGAGAGGCGAUAACGAUAGCCAUCAUAUUAAUACUCUCGAAAAUAGUGAGGGUAAAAUGCUGCUUGACGGGUUAUACAAUCUACCCAAUUAUAAAGGCGAGCACAUUCUUCUCUACCUAGCUCAAACGGUAGGUCGCCAAGUUCUGGAGCAGAGACAGUAUCGACCUUCCUCCAUAACCACUAACACACAUUCAUCUUCUAACCAUAAUCCAACUACAACCUCCGGGGCCAAGGAAAUAAACGCAAAUAAUUUGAAUACCCUGACUGACACGUCCCUCCUAUAUGAAGAUUAUUACUAUUUUUCCGGACGGUAUGAUAAAAUCGACAAAAAAGGGAGAGAAAACGGAUCAUCUUCCAACGGGACCACGAGUCGCGAUAAAACAAAUACAGCUUAUACCACCGACAAUCUGUUGUCCAUGGUAACCGAGAAUACGUCUUUCAAUAGAAAUAGUAGCCAGAUGCCGGUGCACGAUUUAGAGCCUCCCAGAUUUAGUAGGCGCGCCCUUGAAAGGUUAUUGGGAGACUGGGGUUGUCUUAGGAAUUGUUUGAAUCAAGAAGUUGACCCAUCUUCGACUUCUUCGUAUGCUCACAAAGUGGAUGAAACUGGUCAAUUUUAUAUGAGUACGCAGUCCGGUUCGGCAAAAUUGGAUAGAUUCGUCCACUGUUUGAUCGUUAGAUGCAAUAUUGAGAUGCUCGAAACCCUUUUGAACACUCUGAUACGGGAAAUUCAAAACGAUAAAAUCCAGGGGCGUAAGGCCGAUGCUAGACGGGUAGCCGCCCGAUUCGUACGUUCCGUAAUUAGAAUUUUCGUGGUUUUUAAUAUGGAAAUGGCACCGGGAAAAGCGAAGCGAAGGAUAUUUUCUACAUUGGGGUACUCUCUGCCCUUGACCAAAUGCAAGCGAGCUUUUCUGGCCCUAAUAGAUAUUAGUCUUGAAGAAUUGGCCGAAACGGCUAAUUCAUUGAUCAUACCGGUACGGAUGGGUGCUCUAAAACCUACAACACCAUUCACUUUAGUUUCGUCAAACGUAGAAGCUGUGCAAGGCUGUGAAGAUCUCUUUACUUCGGAACCUCUAUCUUCUCUCUUAAAUUACCCGCCAUCUUCCACCUCUAUCUUUACUUCCUCCAUACCGCCUGAUUUUAUCGAUAAUAUUAAUCCUAUUGCGAAUAAUUUAAACGAUGCUUACGAAGAACCACACGAUAAUAACCCGAGAGUAGAUAGAAAUCGUUUAAGUAACAGAUCUAAUUACAGUAGACGCUGGUUUUCUCGGAAUAAUAGGAGGGGUCUGAACUUGAAUAACGCUGCUUCCCAAGGAGAGGAAGAAAUGGAAGAAGAUACUAUGGAACCAGACGCCCUUACGCGAAUAAGUACAACAUACGAUGAUGAAGGUUUAGUUUCGAGAAUCAACGAGGCGUCCCGCUAUCCCAAUAACACAGCAGUCCGAAUGGAUAGGUUAAUCGACGACGAUCCGGAUGCCCUGCAUGAUAAUUGCUACAUCGACGAAGAAGAAUCCACCGCCAACGAAGAAGAGGAUUUAAUUAUAAACGAAAUUGUCGGGGAGGAUAAUGAAGAUAUGACACGAAACGAGCACGACAGAGCUGAAGGUGCACAUAUCACGGUCCCAAUUAGCGAACGGUCAAAUGCUUAUGGUAAUAUAGUUGAUAACAUAGAAGAAGCACCUUCUAACAUAGAAGAAGAUGGCUAUUAUUUCUAUUUCGAAGACGGAAUAAGGGACGAAAAUCAAGACCUGACUUCCCCGUUGAUACCCAUCAGUAUCCAAGAGCCCAUAAAUAACAUUUACAAUAAUAUCAAUCCUGUUAGCACUUCAAAUCAGCUACGUUUCGAAUCUCAAGCUGAUUCCAAUAACGCCACGGACGUUCAAAAUGCCCAAAACCAAUCCGAUAAUUUUAGAGACAUCGCCCUCGAGCUAAUCGAAGACGUGUUAGCGGACAGGGAAGAUACAAGUAUGGUAACCACAGUGCUAGGCACUAGCGAAAUACCCGUCACAUCUUCCACUAGGAAUCAAACUACCACCCUUGACAGACCUGGUAUACUCAGUCGCCGACGACAUGCCCAGGGAAAUUAUUUGGGAUUUGCCGCUAGCAAUGCACCCAGGCAGGAUAAUUAUCACAAUAUUAACUUUAAUAGUAAUAACCUUUUUUACACUUCCAACAACAACUACCCAUUCAACAAUUCCUUAGCCUUGACACGCCAAUCUCAUGGCCAAAGCAUAUCCCAAACUCCCACCAAUAUGCAAUGGGUUAUUCAAAAUAGCCAACCUCAAAAUUAUUACCAAAGGAACUUGGCCCCCAAUGUUUCAAUAACUAAUCCAGGCAUGGUUUAUAUCGACUCCAUGGGUAUCAGGCGAAAUAUUUCCUCUGCUAAUCCCCCUACUAAUUCUGUACUCCCCAACAAUAACGUCACAAAUAACCCUAAUAUAACUUCAGACAUUCCUUUACCCUCAAAUCUCACCAAUUCCCAACUCGCGAAGACAGCCAGUGUAUCCAAUACGAUGAAAAAUUUGGCUAGAGCUUAUGGUAUAGUGGUGAGACAGAUCAACGAAUCCCUAGUGGUACUCGAUGAUUAUCGUAAUAAAGCUCCAGGUUUGCCCAGAAUUUUAACCCUUUCUCGCAAGGAUGUCAAUCAUGUCAAGAAACAUGUCGAUUUAAUUCUUCGACCCACUUGGGACUGGCUUUUUUGUGUUAUGGAUUCUCUCGAAUCUCAAUUACAAUUCGGCGCGGCUCUCAACGCUGCAACGCAUUCGUAUAUUGGCAAUAACAAUAAUAAUCCUUCAAAUUCGGUACAAAAUUUGAACCAGGGCUUUAGUUCUUCUAAUCCUUUACCCUCAACGGACCCCAGGGUAUCUAAGAACAAUGGUAGCAGACCGACGAUUAAUACCUUAGCCAAUGAUUUUGCCAUGAAAGAUUUUUUAACAUAUACCCUCUCCUUGAUGAGGGCGCAAAGUCACGAGCACUUCGACAACCUGCCUUCCCUGGACAUAUUGUCUUAUCGACACGUGGCCUACGUUUUCGACGCUUUUGUGGGUUACUUGAGAUGCCCAGUUUGGCGGAGGAAGGGUAAAGGGGGUAGAAAGAACAAGAAGAGAGACAAGAGAUCUCAGAAUAGAAUCGGUCUCUCCAAUUUUUGGACUACUGAAAACGAGGAGGAGGUAUCCACGGCAAACGAGGAUCAAUCGAGCAAUAAAAAUAAAAAAGAUUCCUCCCUCACAAUGAGUUCCAAAUCAGACGUUAAAGUAACUUUCGACGAUUCCAACCGACAAGGGACCUCGGCUAAUCACGAUGACGCCACACUGCAACCCGAACCAAAAUUUUCGUCGUCUGAGGAUGACGAGGGGAAAGAAGACAAAAAUACUAAAGGGCAGGCUACCGCGCAAAAGAUGGGUGCAAGUACCCGGGAAGUAAAGCGUAAGGACGGGAAGCAAAAGAAAUCUCGCGGAAAGAACAAACUCAAAAGGUUUUAUUACUUCUCUUCCUCUAAUUCCAAAAACGCUGACGGUCCCCUCGUGGAAACCUCUUACGAUUCCGAAAACGCCCGUGAUCAGGACAACAUCGCCACCACCGACAACAACAACAAUUACGAGUAUUUCGAUGACGACGAAGAGGAAGAGAACGCCAAUAUUUACGAGGACGAUUACCGGCACAAUGCGUGGGGCGAGGAGGGCGAUGAAGAAUUUGACGAUGAGGAUGAAGAGGAAUUGGAUGAUAGCAUGGAAGACGACGACGAUGAGCAGAAAGAAUCAGGGAAAAGAAAAGGGUACGAAUCAUGGGGUGACUCAUCGGGCGAGAAUAGCCAAGAUAAUUUUUUCGACUACUCGUCCUCUCCAAGUCCCAGCACUUCUGCCCGUUCCUACUCAUUCUCCACGUCCUCUCGUUCGCUUAACGAAAAUACUUCAGAUUCCUCCUCUUCAGCUUCCGCUCUACCUCGAGCGACUAAGCGAAAGAAAAAAGUUAAAAUUUCUAAAAUCGUUAAAACUGGGAGUAAAUACAAACCCAACACCAAAAAAGCUAAGUUUGAUACCGGCAAGAACGAAGAACAAGAAGAAACUAAUAAAAAUAAAAUCACUAAGGCUGGUGAAACGGCGUGCAGUAGUUAUAUGGAAUUUAAAAAAGAUUCAAAUGAAAUAGAUAUAGAUUUAUUCGAAUCCAGUAAUAUUUUGAAAGGAAAAGAAGACAAAGGCGAUAGGAAAAACAAAAAAUUUGAACCUUUGAACGACGAUAGAUGGAAAAAAAGUUCCGCUAACAAUGAAAAUAAGAAAAACAAGAAUAAAAGACAUAACCAUUCUCACGCAUGGAAUAACCGCCGAGGCAUAAAGCCCUUUUUUCGCAGAACUGAAUCUACCUUACAUCUAGGGUAUCCGGCCCCUCACCCCUUCACUACCCCGAUCCUAGAGAGCCUCCCUUUAGCCCAAGAGCCACAUUUGCUUAAACCGGAAGCUAGGAAAGAGGAUAUGUUUCGGAUUUGCAGGUCUGACGGUCUUUGUUUGAAAGUCAAGAGAAAUUACGCGAAAAGUGGCAUCAAGUAUACCAGAAAUUCGAGGUUUUCUAUUAGCAUGUCUUCGUCUGCUCAUAAAGAAAGUAUAUGGAAACACCAAGCUAAUCAAAGCCAGAGUCAUAAAUCGACAAUUUCUCAAAUAAAACCGGAUUGUAUUUUAAGACGCUGGAACACUUGCCUAGACAUGUUCGGCCGGAUGUUUGUUGAAGACGUGGGCCUGGAGCCUGGAUCGGUUUUCGUUGAGAUGGGCGGAUUCCCAAUUAAAGAGACCAAGUUUAGGGCAGAUAUGGAGAAACUCAGGAACUCCCAAGCCAAGGAUCUUACUUUAGAAGUUGAACGAGAACGGGAAACGUUGCUCAAACAAACCAUCAAGCAACUCAAUCAUUUCUACUCGCGUCGCAGUAACAAUUGUUCCGGCCCACCCUUGGCCGUCCAUAAAGUCAAGGUCACAUUUAAAGACGAACCCGGCGAAGGCAGUGGGGUGGCUCGGAGCUUCUACUCUGCACUUGCUUCGGCUUUUGCUUCUUCCGAUAUUUUACCGAAUUUGGAUGGCUGCUUACCUGGUACGCUGAAAAGUCUUCAAUUCAAUAUUUGGAACCGAAUAAAAUCUAAAGAUCAAAAGCAAAGAUCUCUCUUAACCCCAACCUCUCAAGUGACAACCACUACCACUUCCCCUCUUUCCUGUUUCAAGGUAACCCUUUCUGCUUCCGCUCAACCGUUUUAUCCUAAAGCUCAGAGAGCUGCUGGUGUUAACAAUGCUAACCUCUCUAAUAACGAAGAAUCAUCGACUGGGCUAACAUCCAACCAAGCUCUUUUGGGGGAAAGGUUAUAUCUAAAGAUAAGAGACAUCAAUUCCGAAUUUGCCAAUCAAAUAACUGGUAUGAUUUUAGAGUUAGCUCCUGCUGUCAUAUUGUUUCUCUUGGCCUCGGAAGAAAAUCUUAGGGUACGAGUUAACGAAGCCUAUUCUUUGCUAAUCACUGGCGAUAAAGGCAAAACAAUUAUUGGAGAUGAAGGUACUUCUAAAUCUCAAGAAUCUGCGAGGGGAACUACUAACGAUGCGCCACCUUCAACAGUUGAUGCCUCAUCUUUGGCUCAACUUUUCCAUCAACCUGGCAAGAUCGGCUUUUAUUCACCUAUGCCUGUCAAAAAUAAUUCUGAAAGAGCAUCCGCUUUUAGGAACGUUGGCAGAAUAAUAGGAUUAUGUCUGUUGCAAAACGAAGUAUUUUCCCUUCAAUUCAAUCGUCAUGUGCUGAAAUCUAUAAUGGGUAAGCCCCUCUCCUGGCAUGAUUUCGCAUUUUAUGACCCCGUUAUGUACGAGAGCUUGAGAUGUCUAUUGAAAAUGGCUAUACCCUUCACUACGUCGACUCACGAUAAAACUCCACUUCAGUCCACAUCGGCUGUUGAUAACAAAGAGACUUAUCAACCAAAUAAUAGAUAUACUACCAUCCCAGAUAUCCAAGAAUCCGAACAAUUUUUUAAGCAUUUGGAUUUGACUUUCUCUUUGGAAGAAACAUUGGCGGAUAACCAAAAUCAUGCGACAAUUACCGUCGAUUUGAUUCCCGGAGGUUCAAAUUUACCUGUUACUCCUUACAAUGUGCAGGAAUAUGUCGAAGCUUACGUGAGAUAUAAGAUGGAAGGAGCUAUCGAUAAAGCCUUGGAGAACAUUAAAUUGGGUGUCUUUGACGUUUUGCCGAAAAACGCGUUCGAUGGACUUACUCCAGAAGAUUUGAGACUUCUACUUAAUGGCAUUGGUGAAUUCAAAAUUGAAACAUUGAUGAGUUACACUACCUUCAAUGACGAAUGUGGGGCUAGCCAAGACAAAAUAAUAUAUUUCAGAAAAUGGUUUUGGUCAAUACUCGAUAAAAUGACUAGUGCAGAAAAGCAGGACCUCUUAUAUUUCUGGAUGUCAACCUCUUGUCUACCUUCGAGUAAAGACGGUUUUCAACCUACCCCGUCGGUAACUAUACGACCUCCUGACGAUACCCAUUUACCCACCGCUAACACUUGUAUUUCUCGUCUUUACAUACCACUCUAUUCUAGCAAAACUAUAUUUCGGAACAAACUACUUUUGGCCAUUAAGACAAAAACUUUUGGAUUUGUUUGAUAAUAUAAAAAUUUAUAAUGUAAAAUUAAAUUUAUAAUUAAUAUAUAUUUUCUUAUUAUAAUUAUUAUAUUUAAAUU